AUGGUUGCAGAUCUUGUCAGGGAUGGUCAUGCAAACUAUGAAUCUAUGACCGUGUCCAAAGAAGCAUUCAAGAAAGCUGUAAGGUCUAUCUCUGGAUUGCAUUCUGCAAAACAAGGCAAAGAGCAGCUCGCAGUGUCCCUGAGAAAGAGUUUGCCAAAUUACAGAAAGCCCAGGGUGAUAUCCGUCAAGUCGUCGUCAUCUAUCAUGCGAGCUUCGGGCGGAGAUCCUCUUACUAUCUAUGGCAAAAAUUUGGGAGACUUUGACGCAGACGUGUCUGUCCGGAUAGGCAACACCGUUGCAGAAUCUACUCAGUGGGUAGACGAGAGAACUCUCGUUGUGAGGACCCCUGCAGGGGUUGGGAAGGAUCUAGAUGUGACCGUCACCGUGAGUGAGCCUGCAUUUAUUCCUGCAGUUGCAGUUGGAAAGCAGAUGUUCCGGUAUUCGGCUCCUUUUGUCUUCGACGUUGAGCCCUUCAUUGUUGGAGAACCGAUCUACGGGCCAAUGGAUCUCAACAUUCGAGUGUGGGGGGUUGGGAACUGGGACACUAAGCCGGAAGCCCAGAUAAACGGCCAGGCAUGUGGAAAGACUACUUGGAUCGACAAUUCCACUGUUCGUUGUACAACAGUUGCAGGAUCGAAGCUCACGUUGCAAAAUCCUGAAGUGAAGGUAGGGGGGCAACGAAGCAGAUGUGGAAUCAUCUCUCCGGGGGUUUGUACUUUGAGCUUGGACCAUGCGAGUGCAGCGUCUGUUGGGAAGAUUGAAAAGGACAUCGAGGAGAUGAGGGCCAGAGGAGUCAGCACAAAAGCAGCAUGGAAGCAACUCAGGAAUGCCAAGCAGAUGAAUUCAUAUUGGGCAGACAGGAAUUCCGACGAUAAUCCUUGCAACAAUUUGCCACAUUGUCGUCACUACACUUUCUUUUCUGCCAUAUUAAGUGCAAUUUUGAUGAUGUUUGGUAUGGCUUCAAUAUGCCUUGUCUUAUACGUGAUACCACAGAUCGUGAUGUGGUUGAAGACUGAGCUUCUUGGCCCAGAGCUCGAGCUCGACGAGAACGACCCCAAGAACUACGAGGCACUGAGGGAAAUGGAGUUCGACUCUCGAAUUCGUCUACGAAGGCCAGAGGAUGGGAAGUUUCACGAGGUCUUGAGGUCUGCCACUUAUAAUAUCCGUUACAAUUGCAACGGGCAGACGCGCCACUUCGAUGCAGAUUUCCUGGAGCGAAGUUGCGGGUUUGUGAAGAGGGCAGUGGGAGGGCAGGAAACAAGGAGCGAGCGAGAGAGAUCAACACAUGGGAAGAGCGUCGAGAGGACAAGAGCAAGGGCAACGCCGCCCAACCAAGACGCGCUCCUAGACCAUCCUGUACCAGCAACGAAGACGCGAACAUCGAGCUCUGUGCGUUCUAAGGAAGAUUCGAUUGAGGAGAUGUUCGAGCAGGCGUUUCAAAGGGGAUUGAAAGGACGUUCGUCCGUGAUACACAUCUCGACACCAAUCGAGACGUGGGAUACAAGCGAGGUCGGGAAGCACGGGAUAGAUCUUAAGAUGGCGCAGCAGCUCAAAGCGAGGAGGGUUUGGUUGUCAAAACAAGAAAAAGCCUUGAAGACUGAAAUGGAAAAGGAUCCGAAUGCCAUCACACGUCUCAAAGCAAUGGGUGGAAAGUUUGCCAAGCGGAUUGAUUUCAUACUGGCUAUUCUCAACAAGAAGAUGGAAGCUGCAAAGGAAGCAGAGAUGAAGCAGAAGCGCGUAGCUUCUCUGAAGAAAUCAUCGUUGCACCGUUUGAAGCACGCGAAAUGGGAGCGUGAACUGCGGAAGCUGGAUGACAUCAUUGUGAACUCUGGAGGAUCAUAUGACACUUUGAGGAAGGGCGAAGGAUUCUCUAGUGAUGCGUCCCUUCAAAGCGAGGCCAAGUACGAGAAUGCUCUUAGAAGCGCUUUCGGAGCGAAGCCUGUUUUCCCGUCAUGA